AGAAAACACCAAAAAGAGAUUCGAUUUGAUUUAUUUCAAUAAAAAAAACAACAAUUUUUUCGAAAAUGAUUCAAAAUAAAACCUUAAAAAUGAUGUACAAUGAUCAUUUGGAAUACAUCGACUGUCCAAAAAACGCCAAAUACGAAGAGUGUAUUGAAAUUGCUCUUGAACGUUUCGAAAUCCCAUCCAAAUUUAAGGAAUUUACAAAAGUGUCCAACGAAUGCAGUGAAAUUUUUGAAAAAUCUACUUUCGAAUAUUACAACUUGCUUUUUCCAAGUCCAGCAAUCAUUUUCUAUCUCAAUAUUGAUAAUAAUGAAGUCGAUAACAAACAUUCAGAAGAAAGAGAACCUUUUGGUAAAUUAUUUAAUAAUAAGAGAAAAUAUUGUGAUGAAAACUAUGGAGUACCAGUAACGAGACAAAAUUGUUUCAUUGGUUCAUUACCAGAAACACAAUUCAGUGAAGAACCAGCAAAUAAGAAAUAUAAAUCAUCUUUGUGUGACACACGAGAUAUUGGUGUUGUGAGAAGAACAAUUUCUAGAAGAUCUAUUCGAGUUUAGAAUUGUUUGUAAUUGUAAUUUUAAU